AGUUGUCAGUGUUGUUUCUCACAUGUUCAUAUUGUGCAGUUUGCAAAAGUAACAUUUUAUUCACAUAAAAACGUAAUUUUAACUGGUAGUAAGUCUUUAAACUUAAAAUGUCGGACGUACCGGAUCUUAGCAGUGAUGAAGACAAUUUUGAAGAGGAAGAAUGGCAAGAAAUGGAGACGAACGACACGAUGGUAACUUGCCUGUUUUGUACCAAUGUUUUACCAUCCGUCGAGGAAGGAUUCAGCCAUUGUGAAACUGCUCACAACUUCGCUUUGAACAAAUUGAAGCUCAAAUUCAAUAUGGACUGCUACUCUUACAUAAAAAUGAUCAACUACAUUAAAACAAAUAAACCAACCUCAGAGACCAUAAUGAACACUAAAGAACCUCUGUGGAACGACGAGAGCUAUUUAAAACCCGUUGACAACGAUGAAUGGUUGAUGUAUGACUUUGAGUCGUUGACUGAGAAACCCAGUUCACCAAAAACUUACCAUGCUAAUGUGGAAAACGGUCUUGUGACUCUGUCUCAAGCACAUUUCAUUGAGCUCCAAAGGACAAUACAAACUUUGACAGAACAAUUGGGUGAAUGCCAGACUCACCUGCAGAUAGCAAAGGAAAACGAUGGUAAAAUGAAAGAGACAAUGAAGAACUUCAUUGAAGGUGGAAAUGUAAAUUGUAACGAAGAUGUUGUGGCUAACUGUGUAUCUAAAGUUCCAUUAGAGGAUGACGAGGGAUAUUUUAAUACUUAUGCUCACUUUAGCAUACAUUAUGAAAUGCUUUCAGACAAAGUUCGUACAGAAUCUUACCGUAAUGCUAUCUUAAAUAAUAAGGAAACAUUGAAAGAUAAAAUUGUUUUGGAUCUGGGAUGCGGUACAGGCAUCUUAUCAAUGUUCUCAGCAACAGCAGGGGCAAAGAAAGUCUAUGCUUUGGACCAAUCAGAAAUUGUUUACCACGCUAUGGACAUUAUCAGGGAAAAUAAUUUACAAGAUACAAUAACAGUUGUUAAAGGAAGAUUAGAAGACACAAAACUAGAAGAGAAAGUAGAUAUUAUUGUAUCCGAAUGGAUGGGAUACUUUUUGUUAUUUGAGGGGAUGUUGGACAGUGUUAUAUACGCUAGAGAUAACUACUUAAAUCCAGGCGGUUUAUUAUUACCAAAUAGGUGUAACAUAAGUCUUGUAGCGAGUGGUGAUACUGAUGCACAUAAACAUUUAAUCGAUUUUUGGUCUGAUGUGUACGGUUACAAAAUGAAUUGCAUGAAAUCUGAAGUUGUUCGGGAAGGUAGUGUAGACAUUGUAGGAUUAAAACACAUAAUCUCAGAACCUUGUGUUGUAAGCGAAAUAGACAUAAAUACUUGUACAACUGAUGUCAUGAACUUCACUUCAGAUUUUAAAUUAAAUAUUACAAAAGACGGAUGUAUAUCUGCAUUAGUUGGGUAUUUUGACACAUUUUUUGAUCUGCCAAACAAAGUAUCAUUUUCUACUGGCCCCCAUGUUACCCCUACUCAUUGGAAACAAACUGUGUUUUAUUUCUUAGACUGUAAAGAAGUGAAGCAAGGUGAUGUUGUAGAGGGAACUAUUAUUUGUAGUAGACAGAAGGCAGAUGUUCGAGCCCUGUCGGUACAAAUUGAUGUAUUUGGGAAAUGUCAUAAGUAUACACUAAGUUGAAUUGACAGGAUACAGAUGUAAAGUUUAAGUUACUAUGCUGAUGCUGUGGUUAAUUUUAAGCAGUGCCUUUUGUAUUGACAGCUUGCCUGUGGCUUCAUAGGUAUAGGCUAUCAUAGGAUAUAUUGGAAUAUAUAAAACUGUGUCAAAUUAUUUGAUAUUGUGCAUUUCCUACAUGACAUGAUUGUUUUCCUUUUUUAAAAUGCAAACUUUGUUAGUAUUUUAAAUAAGCAAUUAAGUAAAAAAUACUUAAAUGGUUUCAUAAAACAUAUUCUGUAAAGAAUCUGUAAAGAAAACUGUUUCUCUCAUGUAGUUUCUGUCAUGUAAAAUGAUUAAAUGUCGAUAUUUUAUAAAAUUUCUAUAAAUAGUCAUAAGAGUAAAAAAUUGUAUAGCGUAAAGCUUUUAUAUUACUGUAAUAUUUUUGUUUAUGUAUGUCUUUAAGUGUUUUAAAGUAAAGCCGUUUUAGACAAAAA